CAAACCACGUUUGAGUCUAAAGGCCAAGAUAGACAGAGAGAAAGCAACAAAUCAGGGCGUAUAUUAAGCUGUUUUUCUGAUUUCUAACGCCGUUUCUUGCAUUUGCCUUUGCUCCUACAGAAGCCAGAGUCAGAGAGGGAGAGGGAGAGAAUAGGAGAGAACUUUUUGAGGUUCCUCUGCUUAAGCUGAAGCUCCAAAUAGAGGGGGGGAAAGAAAAGAAAAGAAACUGGUUUUCCGACCAACUUUAACGGCUAAAGAUUGGAUUUUUAACUGUUCUCCAUCACCGUCGGUUGGAAUUGUAAAGCGAAAAGUUCCGAAAGCCCUUGCAGCAGUUUUAACUUCCAUAGUAACGGUUAUUUAUGACACUGUUAUUUAGUGGGUUUUAUUGGGUUUUUGUUGUUCUUAAUAUGGUGUAACUGUAUCACGAGUUACUAGUUCACUUUAUUAGGGAAAAGGGAAGCUUGUCUUUUUAGCUUCCGUUCAUGAUUUAAGAGGGUUGGAGGAUUUAUUUGGUUUUUCCUGGUUUCUUUCAUCAUCAUCAUCAUCAUCAAAAAGUCUGCCUUAGUUCAUGGCUAGUAGAGGGUCUUUAAUUCAGCAGCACCAAAGCAAUGGCUCAGUCGAAGGUCAAGAUGAUCUGUAUACAGAGCUAUGGAAGGCCUGUGCCGGUCCGCUGGUGGAUGUGCCAAAGCCUAAAGAGAGCGUUUACUAUUUUCCACAAGGUCAUAUGGAACAAUUGGAGGCGUCAACAAAUCAGGAGUUAAAUCAAAGGAUUCCGAUGUUUGGUCUGCCCCCAAAGAUUCUUUGCAACGUUGUUGAUAUUCAGCUUCUGGCUGAACAGGAAACUGAUGAGGUUUAUGCACAGAUUACUUUGAUACCAGAACCCGAUCACACUGAGCAGACUUCUCCCGAUUCAUGCCCUUCUGAACCUCCGAAGCCUACAGUACACUCCUUCUGCAAGGUUUUGACUGCCUCCGAUACAAGCACUCACGGAGGAUUUUCUGUUCUUAGGAAGCAUGCAAAUGAAUGCCUUCCUCCCCUGGACAUGACACAGCCAGUUCCUACACAGGAACUGGUAGCCAAGGAUCUUCAUGGCACUGAAUGGCACUUUAAACAUAUAUUCAGAGGACAACCGCGGAGACACUUGCUUACUACAGGAUGGAGUACAUUUGUUACUUCUAAGAGAUUGGUAGCUGGAGAUUCUUUUGUAUUUCUCAGGGGUGCAAGUGGAGAGCUACGAGUUGGAGUCAGACGCUUUGCUCGUCAACAGAGUUCUAUGCCAUCAUCUGUGAUUUCAAGCCAUAGCAUGCACCUAGGAGUUCUUGCAACCGCAUCUCAUGCUGUUGCAACUGGAACCCUCUUUGUUGUUUACUACAAACCAAGGACAAGUCAGUUCAUCAUAGGAUUGAACAAAUAUCUAGAGUCUAUUAACAAUGGUUUUGGUGUGGGCAUGAGGUUUAAGAUGCGAUUUGAAGGGGAUGAUUCUCCUGAACGAAGAUUUAGUGGCACCAUUGUUGGUGUUGAAGAUAUUUCUCUUCAAUGGAAAGAUUCUAAAUGGCGGUCAUUGAAGGUUCAAUGGGAUGAACCUGCAUCCAUAACAAGACCAGAAAGGGUCUCAGCUUGGGAGAUAGAACCUUUUGUUGCUGCAGUACCUACAAGUCUAGUUCCAUCAGUAACGGGAAAAAACAAAAGGCUUCGAUCACAUUCUGAACUUCUACCACCUGAAAGUGCAUCUUCAACUGCAUCAGCUGUUUGGAAUCCUCCUCAUGAUUCUCCUCUUGGAAAUGGAACUGCAGAGUGUCCCAGAAGCCAACUUCGGUCUGCAAAUCAGAAUCAUAUGGACAUUAGUUGUAGUCAACUCCAAGGUAGCAGGAACUGUAAUUUAAGGACACAUGCAGAGGGGGACUGGCUAUCUUCUUCCCAGGGAAAUACUUCUGUGAGUAGGUUUGCUGAUGAAACGGAAAGCAAAAGUACCAUUGCAUGGACUACCUUUACCAGCUGUUCAGCCACCCCGGCAAAGUUGAGCAACCACUCUCAGUCUCAUCUUCAUGAUGGCAGGAAGCCUGAUACUGUUGCUAGCUGCCGAUUGUUUGGCAUUGAUCUGAUUAGUCCUUCAACUGGUGCCCUUGAUAAAGAACUUCUGAAACCAGUAAAUGCCUCAAAUAUCACCACUCAAGAGUGUUUGCCAAACACAUUAUCUGGCUGUGGUUCUGAACAUAAAUCUGACCUCUCGAAGGAUUCCAAAGAUCAAAUAGUGGGGCAGCUGCAGUUACCAUCAAAGGAGGUACAAAGCAAGCAGAGUGGCUCAACAAGGAGUCGUACCAAGGUUCAAAUGCAAGGAGUUGCGGUGGGCCGGGCAGUCGACUUGACAAUGUUGACAGGGUACAAUGAGCUUAUAGUUGAACUGGAAAAGAUGUUUGAAAUCAAGGGAGAGCUUAGCCCUCGCAACAAAUGGGAAAUCAUCUUCACAGAUGAUGAGGGGGAUAUGAUGCUCAUGGGAGAUGAUCCGUGGCCAGAAUUCUGUAAAAUGGUCAGAAGAAUCUUCAUUUGUUCUGGCCAGGAUGUUAAGAUAAUGAGAGCAGGAAGCAAGCUUCCUCUACCUUCUGCGGAUAAUGAUGGAACCACUUUCAACUGGGAAAACGGUGAAGAUUGAGUAGGGAGCAACCCUUUUGUUUACGCCCCUCACUCCCUUUAUUCUUAUUGUCUCUUUUGUUACUUAUCCCCCCUCGUAUCUUGCAAUUAUUGUGUGGCGGGAGGUGUGGAAGGAGGCGGUGGUCAUAGUAGGCAUUGGUGGAGAGAGAUGUGGUUAUUUAGUGUAUUAUGACUAAGGAAUGGGAUAGAGUGCUUUCCAGUCUGACCCCCUAGAGGAAUAACGACGAAGUUGUUAGCUAGUUUGCUGCCCAGUUUUGACAGCAGUCGAAAAUUCAAACCUAGAUUGAAGUUCGGAGUAAACGGUAUCUGUACGUAGUACUAGGAUCUAUUAAUGAAGAGGUAGGGUUAUAGCCUUGUGUAUAUCAAAGGUGUUUCUGGUGAAUGCGGUUUGGUGUAAUAUGUAGAUAUGUAUGAAGUUUGGAGAUUUAUUCUUGCAUCUGGUGAUUCAGAAGUUGCAAGCUUCUCUUUGCAAGUGUACUGAAUUGAGUUCAAUAUCAAAAGCUUCGCGCUUUUUAAUCA